AUGGGAAAAGAUAGAGAUAAAGGAUUUAGAGGUGCAAAAUAUAACCCAUCAAGUAGUGGUGAGGCCAAUACUUUAAUGGGAUCUCAAUCUAGUGGGUUUAUUGGUUUUUCAGCAUUUAGUUCAAAUCUUACAAAUGCAACUGAUCCUGACUAUUAUCAAGUUGAACCAGAAUAUAAGGUAUUAUUAAAGAAAUUACAAAAAAAAGAUAGUAUUAGUAGAAUUAAAGGUUUAGAAGAAUUAAAUUCUAAAUUUCAAAAGAUAAAUAUUGAAGAUGCAGAAUUUAACAUUUCAUCAAUAUCACCAUUAAUGAAUGCAUGGGAGUUUAUGUAUAAGAGAUUGGUUAAUGAUGAUGAUAGAAAUGUUAGAGAUUUAGCAAGUCAAUGUUUAGGUUCAAUUGGUUCACGUAUUGGUAAACAUUUAGGACCACAUGUUAAACAAUUAUUAGGUCCUUGGAUUGUUGCAAUUUGUGAUCAAAAUGAUCAAUCAAUAAAUAAUGCUUUAUUAUCAUUUCAAAAUAUAUUCCCAGAAAAGAAAAGAAAAGAUGUUUUUAAAUUUGGACAUGAUGAAGCAUUAACUUAUUUAUGUGAGAAUUUACAAGAGACACCACAAACUAUUGGUGAUAGUAAAUCAAUUAGCCAAGAAAUCUUACAAGAGAGAUAUGAAAGAUGUAUUUCAAACUCAUUAUUAGCAAUUGAGUAUUUAAUUAAUAAUACAACAGCAACAGCAACUGAUUCAUCAUCAUCAUCAUCAACAACUACAACAACGACAACUACAAAUAAUACAGGUAAUACAGAAAUUUAUGAAAAAAUAUUUGAAUCACAAUUUUUUUCAUUUUUUCAAUCAAAGAGUUCAAAUAUUAGAAAGACAGCAUAUAGAGUAUUGACAACUGUUAUUAAAAAGUUAGCAGGAUAUGUCGAAAAGAAUUUCAAAGAUUUUAGUAGUAAAGUUUUAGGAUUAUUUUCAGAGAAAGAUUCAUCAACUCAUCUUUAUAUGUGGGAUGCCAUAAUAUCAUUCUUACAGCAAUAUGGUGACAAAGCAUGGAGUAAUGUUGAUGUUCGUAAACAUGUAUUACCAAGAUUAUGGGCAUUCCUCAGAUCUGGUUGUUAUGGUUCUUUUGAAUUAUCCUAUCCUUCAAUUUUGCCAUUAUUAACUUUUAUUCCAAAUUCAAUUGUAAUUGGAUCGCCAUCACCAUCACCAUCACCAUCACCAAAUACAAAUAUUGAUAUCGGUUUCUUUAAAGAGUUAUUCACAAAUUUAGAAAAGGGUUUAGAAGUUGUUGAUAAUCCAAGACAAUAUGGUAAUCCUAAUAGUGUUGAUAGACCUUCCAAUUUAUUAUUAUCAUGUUAUUUGGAAUGUUUAAUUUAUUCGAGUAAGAAAUGGGGUCAACAAUAUCAACAAAUCAAUGAUUACUUAAUCGAUACAUUAUUAUUUAACUUUUAUAAUAAUCAUUUCAAUUUGGAACAUUCUUGUUUCUCUGAAAAAUUAUUCAUUGAAAAAUUAUUAGAAUCUACAAUUAAACUUGCAAAUUUAUCAAAUUCAAAUCUUUUAAAAAUUCAAAAUUUAUUUAAUUCAAAUAGUUUUAUAAAUUUUAAUAAUAAAGAAAAUCUUUUAAAUAAUAAUGAACCAAUCACUACUGAUAAUAAUAAUAAUAAUAAUAAUAACAGUAGUCCAAUAAUUAAAAAACAAGAGAAAAUAAUUCAACCAAUUUCAAAAGAAACUUUAAUUUCAAGAUUAAAUACAUUUAUAAUUGUUUGUUCAAAUAAUAACAAUAGUAAUAAUAGUAAUAAUAAUAAUGUUAUUCAAGUAAUUAUAAAAAGACUAUUUAAUUUAGCAUGUGAUAAUUUAAAUAGUAAUCAAGAGUUAUCAAUUAAAAUUUUAGAUUUUAUUUUAGGAAAUUAUAAAAUUGAUCAAAUCAUUUCAAAUGGUUUAGAUGAUAUUAAAAAAAUAAUAACUCAAUUAGCUUUGGCAUUAAAUGAAUCACUUUUAUCAACAGGUGGUUUAAAUUUAGGAGUUGGUGGAGAUUUAGUUUCAGUUAUAGUUGGAUUGUUAGCUUUAGUUCCUGAUGAAGAUGAAAUCAAAUUAAUUUGGUCUCAAAUUUUACAAAUAUUUUUAGAUUCAAUUAAUAAUAAUAAUAAUAAUAGUAAAAAGAAAAAUAAUAGAUCAAAUUUAAUUACAAAUACAACAAAUAGUUUAGUUCAUUUAAUUAAUAGUGCAAGUAAUAAAAUCAAUAGAAAUUUAUUAUUAUCAACUACAUUAUUUAAAUCAAUUAAAAUUCAAGAUAAAAAACAAUUACAAUUAAUUAAAUCAAUUUUAUUUAAUAAUAAUAAUAAUAAUAAUAAUGAAUUCUCACCAAUAAUUCCAAAUGAAUCAGUUGAAUUAUUAAUUAAAUGGGUUUAUAAUAAAUUGGUUGAUAUUAUAAAUACAAUGGUACAAUUAAAUUUAGUAUUUAAUGAUAAUGAUAAAGGCGGCGAUAAUAAUAAUGAUGAUGAUAGUGAUGAUAAUGAUGUUUCAAUUGAUUAUUUAGUUGAAUUAUCAAAAUUAUUAUUUUCAUCAAGAUUUAAAUCAAAAUCAUUAGAAUCAUUAUUAAUUGAAUGGUGUAAAUUUAAUAUUGAAAUUAAUAAUCGUCCAAGUUUAUCUGGUUUUAAAUCAAAAUGUAAUUCAAUUGAUGAAUAUCUAUUCUCAACAACUUCAAACAUUGAAAAUGAUAAAUUCAUUUUAUCAUUAUUAAUUGAAUCCAUUGAUAGAAAUAGUAGUACUAUCAUUACAAAUGAUAAUUUAAAUUUAAAUUUUUUAUCAAAUUGUGCUAUUAAAUUAAUUAAAAGUGGUAGCUACCGUCAUGAUGAAAAUGGUGAUGAUGAUGAUGACGACGAUCAAUUGUAUUCUUAUUUCAUAAAAGAGUUUACUUCAAAUCAAUUAGUAAUCAAUUCAAAAGAUCAAAUUAAAAUAUCUUGGUUUAGAUACAAUAGAAUUACACCAUUUUAUUUAUUAGAUAAUUAUGGUUCCAACAAAGACAAUAACGAUAGCACCACUUUCUCAACUGAUAAAUUAUUAAAGGUUUUAAUUUUUAACUUUAAAGUUAUUGAAUCGUUUGGUUUAGAAAAAUUCAUUAAAUAUUCUAAUAAAGAAAAUAAUAACAGCAUUGAAUUAUUAUUAUUAAAUUUAUUAUUCGUUAAUGGAGAUAAUCAAUUACCACCAACUCCAACCACAACCACCACCACCACCACUACAAUAACAACAGCAGUAGUAGUGUCAACAAAUGAACAAAUUUUAGAAUUUAUUGAAAAUAAUUCAACAAAUUUAUUAAAUCAAUUUAUUGAAUCAUUGUUUAAAUUUUAUGGUGACGAAAUUUUCAAUUGUAAUUGGUUCAAUUGUUUAGUAUCAAAUGUUGGUGGUGAUGGUAAUAAUGGUGGUAUUUAUUCCGUUCUAUUGGCAUUAUUCAUUGAUUAUAUUACAAGUGAUGCUUGUUUACCAACAUCAUCAAUGAAAUUGAAAUCAGCAUUAUUAAAUUCAAUAAAGAUUGAUAAUGAUGAUAAUGGUAAUUCAAUUGAUUCAAUUAGACAAUUGAAUUUAGUUCAAAUUUUAUUACCAAUUUUACAAAAAGAAUCAAUUGAAUCUUAUAAACAAUGGUCAAUUAAUCAAUUAAGUCAAUUAUCAAGUUCAAUUCCAACAAAUUUUAAAUCCAUUUCAAUUCAAUUAUCAAUUUUAUCAUCAAUAGUUAUUCAAAGACAACAGCAACAACAUCAACAAUCACAAAAAGAACAACAACAAAUUACACAAGAUGAUAAUGAAAUAUUAAAGGAAAAAGAAUGGUUAACAUUAUUAAAUUUAAUUCAAACUAUUCAACAAUGGAAUUCAAAGAUUAAAAGUGCAAUUAUUAAACAACAAGAACCUGAACUUGAAUUUUUAUUUAUGAAAGAGGUUGAACUCUCUUGUUUGAAUUUCAUUUUAAUUGUUAUUCAAUACAUUUCCAAUAUAAAUUCGAAUAAAUCAAAACAACCAAUUUAUUUAUCAAAUAACCAAUCACAAUUUGUUCAAUCAUUUUUAUCAAUUUGGUUAUCAAAUAAUUUCACAUUACUAUCAUUCAAUAAAUUUAAAUCAAAUUAUUAUUAUCAACAAUAUCGUAAUUUAAUUGAAUAUCAAUCAUUGAAAAUUUAUAAUAUUAUAAUUUCAAAUGAUAAUAUUAAAUUUAUAAUACCAGGUAUUGGUGAUCAAUUUCAAAUUGAUCAUUCAAUUUUAAUUUUAAAUAAUUGGUUAAAUAGAGUUAGUAAUAGUAGAAGUAAUAAUAAUAAUGGUAAUACAAGUGAUUCAAGUUAUAUUUUAGAAUUAUAUUCAAAUACAUUUAUGAAAAUGUCGAAUGAUAUAAAAUAUAAGAUAUCAUUAACUAAAUUAGAUAAUUUAAUUGAAUUAUUAUCAACAUUUAAUUAUAGUACAAGUAUUUAUAAUAAUAAAGGUAUAAAGAAAACUUCUUACAAUUUAUUGGAAUCUUAUUUUGGUAAUGAAAAUACUCAAUUAGUGAAAUCAUUCUUAUUAGAAAAUGAAAACAACAACAACAACAACAACAACGAUGAUGGUGAAGAAAAAGUUAGUUUUAUUUUAUUUAGUAAUAUAUUUGAAAAGAUUUUAUUAGAUUUCGAUUCAACAUUUAAACCAAUGAAGAAAUCAAAAGAUAAUCAAUUAAUUAAUAGUAUUUCAAUGGGUCAAUUAAUGUGUUGGAAUUUAUUAUUAUUAAAUUAUUCAAAGAUUGAUUUAAAUAGACGUUCAAUUUUAAAUGGUUGGUUAAAUGAUAAUAAUAUUCAAAAAGUUACAUUGUUCUUAAAUCAAAUAUUCCCAUUUAUUAAUAAAGAUGAAUCACCAUUAACAACAACAACAACAACAACCGAUAAUAAUGGUAAUAAUUAUUCAAUUGAAUUUCCAUUUUCAAUUAUUGAUAAUGAUCAAUUAAUUACUUAUAGAAUGAUUCAAAAAUUAUGUUCAAAUUGUUUUUAUUCAUUGGUUAAUUAUUUACCAAGUAUGGUACGUAGAUGGGCUGAUGAUAAUUCAACCAAUUCUAAAAUGAAUCAACAAAUUCAAAGUUAUAUCACUCGUUUCAUUAGUCCAAUUAUCAUUCAAAAUGAAAUUCAAAGAGUAAAUUCUUAUCGUUGUACUGAUAGCGAUAGUAGUGAUGCUAAAUUCCAAAUUAAAGGUUCAACCUCAAGUAAAGAGGUUACUGCCUCUUAUGAAAAAGAUGAAAUGACCAUUUCAUUAGUACUCUUCAUCUCUGAUAAUUAUCCAUUGCGUGUGUUAACUGUAGAAUUUUCAAAGAGAGUUGGUGUUUCAGAAUCACAAUGGAGACAAUGGUUAUUAUCAAUGACAUCUUUAUUGCUAACUCAAGAUGGUACUGUUUUAGAUGCUUGUUUACUUUGGAAAAAUUCUUUAGAUAAACAUUUCCAAGGUGUUGAAGUUUGUCCAAUCUGUUAUUCAAUGUUUCACAAUGGUACAAUUCCAAAAUUCCAAUGUAAAACUUGUAAGAAUAAAUUUCAUGCUGGUUGUAUUUAUAAAUGGUUCCAAACUAGUCAUAAAAGUAAUUGUCCACUUUGUCAAACUGAUUUAAGUUAA